AUAUUUCAGAAUGUCAUUUUCAUAUUUAUUAUAAUCUUCUAAGAAAAAUGUUGUCGAUACAUGAUUUUUAUUUACAUAGAUAGUAGAAGCACAGUCAGCUGUAUAGCUUAUGAUGGAUAUGCCAUUGCUGCAGGCGUUACAAGUGGUGGUUUAAACAAAAAAUUAGUGGGCAGCGUAAGCAACUCUUCUGUUCUGGGUUGCAGUAUAUAUGCUAAUCAAAAUGUAGGAUGUUCUCUAACAGGUUGUGGAGAGUCUAUUAUGAAACUUGGUUUAUCAAGGAUCAUUAUCAGCGAUAUUGAACGAGGAUGUUCCUUACAAAAAGCUUUAAAAAAAAAUCUCAAUUUUAUGUCAACUAGAUAUAAUUAUCCUUUUGGGGGUAUUGUAUUUAAGAAACCUGGAGAAUGGAAUAUAUAUUUUACCUCACAUAAAAUGCCACACGCUAUUAUUAUAAAUAAUUGUGUGACUUUUGGGUCAGAUUUAGGUGAAAACAAUGUGGAAAAAUAUACAGAAUGUCACAAAUAUAUUCCAUGCACUUGCAAUUAUCCUUUUGUAAAUAAUAUUAUAUUGCAAUUUAUCAAUUUUUAAUACACUGUUAUCUAUUUUACAACUUCUUCCUUAUUGAUGUAAUGUAUUUUUAAUGUUUUUUUUUUCAGUGCAAUUAGUGACGAAGGUAUCUACGAUACAAAACUAUUUAGUUUUCGAGAAUGGCAGAAAUAUGUUGAGUGUAGAAGAGCCGUCUUAAUUAACACGCACUGUCCUACCAAGUUAAAAUAUAAUCCAAAUAUACCAGA